ACAUUUCGCCGAUCGGUAGCUUCUACUAGAGAGACGCCUGCAGCAGUGUCUGAAAGCUAUUUUUUUCCGGUGCACCCCAAGUAAACACUAAACGGCCCCAAACUGAAGCUCCCAAACGUCAUCAGAAUGCGUCGCAACUGGCUCCUGCGCUGCAGCAUCCUGAUCAAUGUGGCGGUGGUGCUGUACAUCGGCAGCCACCUGCUGAUCGGGAGCGGCAAUUUUGCCAUCGGACCGGCCUACAUCAUCUCCGAUGAGGUGCUCAAGCAGCCCGCAUCCUCCGCGGCCCAGUACAAGCCAUACAAUCCGACGGCGCAGCAACAUCAGCAGCAGCGAAUAUUGGAGGAACAGCAGCAGAUAUUCGUGCAACAGCAGCUUCUUCAGCAGCAGCAACAGCAGCAACAGCAGCAGCAUCAGCAAUCACCCGAACAGGCGCAGAGUAGUUUAAUAUUAAAAAUUCAGGAAAAUGGGAUCGGUGUUCAGGAAGUGGCCGCACCGUCCCAGCAGCAGCAGCAGCAGCAUCAGUUCGUGGCAGGAGGAACGCCGCAGCAAAAGCAGCAGCAGGAGCAAGCGAUGCCAGAAACUCGAGAUGUAGAUAACAGUAACGUAGACGAUAGUCGUUUCGAUGUGCCAACGGAGAGGAACACCGUCCGGAAGCUGGAUAUGCUCUACCAGGAUCAGGCCCAGCAGAUGGCGGCCGGUGGUGGCGGCGGCGGAGUGCCAGGAGCGGCGGCCACGGGUGUGCUGAACGGUAGUGACAUCUUCUCCACCACCGCUUCCAUGGAUUUGGAUGCCAAGUUGCGGUCCCAGCUAAACUGUCAUGACCGCGACUAUGAGCCGUACAUCGGCCAGCGGGGCGAUUUCUGGGUGCUGCAGAACUACAUCCGAGCCGAACACGGUGACCUGCGGUGCUACGAAACAAUCACCUACACAACACACGCCGACUACACGUUUCUGGACAAUUUAGUUCCACUGCUGGAAAGGUGGAAUGCCCCAGUUAGCCUUGCGCUUCAUGCGCCCGGUACGGAUUUUGUGCCCACGAUCAAUUCGAUAAAAUAUUUAAGAGACUGCAUACCAGAGAGUCAUUUAGUGCGACAGUUUGUCACAUUUCAUAUUUAUUUUAGUAGUAAACAUAUUCCAAAAUUUGUUCCUAAACACAAUCAAGUAUUAGACACACCGUACAACUGUUCGCUCGCGGUACCGUACUUCAACGUGUCCGCGGCGCAGCUGUACAAGACGCAGAAGAAGCUGCUCUAUCCCGUCAACGUCGGUCGCAACAUUGCACGCGAUGCAGCGAUGACGCACUUUCUCCUAGCUAGCGAUAUCGAAUUGUAUCCCAAUCCGGGCUUAGUGCACAAAUUUCUCGAAAUGAUCGCGCGGAACGAGCCCGUUCUGCAGCGCAAGAAUCCACGAGUCUUUCCACUGCCGAUAUUUGAGGUAGAUAAUAGUUCACCGGUGCCACGGGAUAAGGCGGAGCUGCAGGAGCUGUUGCGCAGCGGUAAAGCGAUUCCCUUCCACAAGCGUGUCUGCUCCAGCUGUCACGGAGUGCCGAAGUCCAAGGAAUGGAUAGCAGCCAACGAAACCGAUGAUUUGGGCGUGUUUCAUAUUGGCAAACGUAUCGGUUACUUCGUGCACUGGGAACCAAUCUACAUUGGAACGCACGCUGACCCGCACUACGACGAACGAUUAAGUUGGGAAGGGAAGAGUGAUAAAAUGACACAAGGUUAUGCGCUUUGUGUCCUCGACUACGACUUCCACAUACUCGACAAUGGCUUCCUGGUGCACAAGCCGGGCAUCAAGGUCCUGAAGAAGGACCCCAAGCGCGCCAUGCUGGCGGCGAAAACCAACCAGCUGAUCAAGAAGAUCAUCUACCCGGAGCUGCAGGUCAUGUACGGAACGCGCAAGGGCUGUGCUGUAUAGUUGAAGGGGAAACAACAUUAGUAUAAGGCCAACGACCGUGCUGGUAGCGAUAGUACUAAUGGUGGUGAUGGUGGUAAUGGUGCUAGUAAUCAUGCAGGUGGUGGUGGUGGUAGUGUUCUAAGUGGUAGACGCUCGCGGACCAUGAUCUCAUCAUCCUCGGGAGGAUGGUCUUCGCUGUCGGUGAUCUCGCCGCUAUCGGGCGACGGUGCACUACCGUACCGGCCGCACGUCAGUAGCCGGCGCAAGAAGGGCAAACCGAAAGGCUACAUCCGUCGCCGACGCCGAUGAUGAGCGCAUGGUCCAUGGCCUUGCAGCGAACAGGGGAGUCUACAGGGUAUAAGAAUCUUGCGUAUUUUUAUGUAAGUAUGUACACGUAAGAGGGGAACAAGUAGAGUGAGGGACAAACUCAUCUCGACGCCAUCUGGGACGACUGUCCCGAGUGGUGGCCAGAGUGUCCCCGCAGCAAUUGGAAGAUCUGUCGGGGGACUGGAACGGGGCCCCGUACAAGUGAUAUUAUAUGAGAACACUUUUAUUAGUUAUGAUUUAAUUUUAAACUGCGUCAACAACAAAUCUCUAGUGUGUAAAAACCACGAUAUUGUGAAGAUCUGAAUGUGAGGUAAAUUUAGAAGCAAAAAUCACACUUUUCCCCAGUCAUAGUCAUUUUCGAUUCGACUCACUCGUCGCAGCAAAGGAUCGGAAGAGACCCCCCCCCCCGUAUUGUUGUUGCACCCCGUGAAGCACCCAACAAGCAUAGUCAUUUCAAUGUUUCGUGUUAUUCAAUGUGGAUAAAAUGAGGAUGAAACAGAAUGAUGCUGGAUGUGAUAGAAAAUGCGUACGGAAUACAAACACAACACAUGAAUCCAUCAAAUACGGUUGCAUUUGGUAUUCCUACUCCCCCAAACAUGCUUCUCAAAACAAGCCUAUUCCCUUUUACAUGCUACUCUCAUCAUACAUCAUACCUUCUUGAAGAUGGCAUUACACAUCUUCACAAACGAUCCAGUUAUUUCAGUUACCAACCGGAGUUAGUGUAACUCAAAUUAAAUAGAAAAGGAAAUUUAAUAACGAACGACCAACCAAUGACGAAGGACGAGGUGAAGAUGCAAAAGAAACGUUAAGGAAAAACAUUAGACAUUUUACAAUCCUUAAAAGCUCGCAUAAAGGUGUAUUAGGAUAGGAAAACCCAUACACCUUAUUGAUAACAUUUUUAGUUUGUUUUUUGAGGGAUCGAGGAAAGAGAGAAUAUAGAUAAAAAGUAACAUAGAAAACAAUAUGACACGUUUUAAAGGAAUGCAAUCAAAAAAACACAAGGAAAACUUCUUAAAGCAACAAGAAUCUUACCCUAAACUAUUGCUCAUGAAUGAUUGAUAUAGUUUCGUGUGUAGUGCUUUUGUAAAGAUACAUGCCUUUCCGCUUUGCACUGUUUUCAAAGACAUAUGAGUUUUUUUACGAUGCACAGCUUUUAUUUAUCCAUUGUGGAAACAGUUUAAUGGAAAAAUCACAUUUCGGGUUGUUUUCAGAUGUACUACACAACGUUCGAUGGUCGUCCAUUAACGCUUCGUAUAACAAGCCCCAAAAGCUGACGCAAUUAGAAAUGUAGAACUUUGUUAUCUUAUCGCACGAAGCAGACGUUCGAGCAAAUAUGCAAACGAAAAAUACUAGUAACAUAUCCAAACAAUAAGCAUUGUAGCGUGAUAAAAUAGCUAUUUAUCUCUAACACAUUCUUUACCCGAUAUAAAAAAAACAAGCACAUGUCUACUCUCCUUUGCAUGACUAGCACUGCAUCACUUUAAUGAAUUUUAAAUUUACAACCAUCUCUAACUCUCUCUCUCUCUAUCUCUUCAUUUUGUUGAUAAGAAACAAACAAUCCCCUAUCACGAAUGCGCAAUACUAACGGUAAUAGAAUUUAGAAACAAAACCAAACGGACAACAACACUACACGAUGGUACACACAUCUCUCAAGUAGGUGUUUUAUUUGACUUCUCCAUAGAAAGUGCCUUAUUCGUAUUGAAGAAUAUUUGUGAAACACAUGCAAACGAAAAAACAAACUCGUUCAUGAACGAUGGAUGAAACCAAACGAGCAGAAUCGAAGAGUCGGAAGGAAAUUUACCCUUAGGUGGAAAAAAAAAUGCAGGAACAAUGUCGAGCCGAGCUAACCAAGCGAGAAUCUUUAGGAUGAGGAAGGGCAAAGAAAAACGCUAAUCUCAACGAACCGUUGACUUUCUUGGAAGGUCCACCGCUAGCAAACCCCUGACCAGUCACAGGAGGACAAAUGCCCCGGUACCAUUAAGCAAAACAAUAUGCGGAAUAUUUUGAACGGUUUUAGUUCGAAAUGGUACGGUUUAUUUUCUUCUUGCACUAGUUACGUUAGCUUUUGUACAUAGUAGGAGUUAUACUGAUUAAUUGAUACGCAAAUCUUUGCAAUUUCGUAGUUAGUUAGUUGCAGGAGAAGAAAAUGUGCAGGAAAUAAGAUAAAGUGCAUUAGUUUCAUCUUUUUUCUCUUUAUUGACCACUUUCAAACCGCGGGUCAAGCAAACUCGAACUUCCUAGAAGGGGGCAUUCUAAGUCGAAGAAUUGAGUUAAACUGAACCCCAUUUAAGUUGAAGCUUUGAAGUUGAACAAAUAACAAUAUUCUGUACAUAAACUGACAUAGUUUUUCAGUAACCUUUAGUUAGUUGAUAGGCGCAUUAGUUUCGUCGCUCUACGUCAUGUUCUACGUUGGUUUUUACUAAAACGCGUUUGCAAGAUCCGAUCGUGGACCGAAGGGA